AAUGCUGGCCCUGCUAUUUCCUAUCCCUGGGACUUUAAGGAGGAGAAUUGGCUAAUUCUUCUUGCAUCCCUGUGUCGCCAACACCACCCCCGGCUACUCAGUUUGAAGCCAGAUGUGAGACUGGAAUGCAGCUCAUCCAUGAGCAGGAGAUCUGCAGGUUACCAGGCAGACUCAGAAUUCAGCCUUCACUGUGGAGUAAGGAGGAUGUGAUUCACUGGCUAAGAUGGGCCGAACAGGAAUACUCCCUCCCACGGACGUUGGAGCACAAGUUUGAAAUGAAUGGCAAGGCCCUCUGCAUUCUGACCAAGGAUGACUUCAGACACAGAGCCCCCGGUUCAGGUGAUGUCUUGUAUGAGCUGCUUCAGUAUAUUAAGACCCAGAGGAGAGCCCUGGUCUGCGGACCCCUCUUCAGCACUCCAUUCAGGCCUGUGAUUCCCUUCCAGCAGCAUCGCUGUCCUCUGGAAGGGGGGAACAGCCCCUUAAAACCUACCUCUCAAGGGGUUCUCCUGGCACCCCCACGGAAUGAGGUAUCCAGCAACACCUCUGGCCAGCUGGAUCCUGCAUCUCUGCCAAGGGGAGCUUUCUUCAGAGAAGAGCCUCUCAAUCUCUCGCACAUGUCUGAUGUCAGCUAUAGGGCAGAAGUCAUUGGUUCCUUUCACAGAACAAAACAGGACUCUAUUGAUGGAAAACUUGCCGACUGCCGCUUGCUGUGGGACUAUGUGUAUCAGCUGCUCUCUGACAGCAGGUAUGAAUCUUACAUCAAAUGGGAAGACAAGGACUCCAAGGUCUUCCGGGUGGUUGAUCCAAAUGGACUUGCCAGGCUCUGGGGAAAUCACAAGAACCGGGUGAACAUGACCUACGAGAAGAUGUCAAGGGCUCUCCGACAUUACUACAAACUGAACAUCAUCAAAAAGGAGCCAGGCCAGAAGCUUUUGUUCAGAUUCCUGAAAACCCCUGAUGAAAUUGUUCAUGACAAAGCCAGCAGGUUGGAGCAGCUGGAACACCAGGAUCAGGAAGAAAUGGAUUUUAAGGAGGAGAUGUUAGAAGUCUCACCUUAA